GUUCUCCUGGUCCUCUGGGUUCUCCUGGUUCUCCUGGUUUCCCUGGUUCUCUGGGUUCUCUGGGUUCUCCUGGUUUCCCUCGUCCUCUGGGAUCUCCUGGUUCUCCUGGCUGCUGGCCGGCCCCUCUCCAUGCCACCAUGCCCAUCAUCAGCAACGCCAACCAUGACUUCUCCAACCUGUCGCUCAGCGAUGACAGCAGCCUGGACCACAUGUUCACCGAGAUCCCCGAGACGGAGACUGUCAAGGGGGCGUACUACAAGCGGGCUCAGCUGAUCAGGCAGCCGGAGGAUCUCCAGGCGGUGGACCACGGUGCCCUGGCGGUGAUCAACGUGGGGGGAAACCGCUACACGCUGCCCUGGGCCACGCUGCAGCAGUUCCCGCUGACGCGCCUGGGCCGGCUCAGCGGCUGCCGCUCGGCCGAGGAGAUCGCGGGCGUGUGCGACGACUACGACGAGGCGCGCCGCGAGUUCUUCUUCGACCGCUCGCCCUCCGCCUUCCGCGUCAUCCUCAACUUCCUGGCGGCGGGAAAGCUGCGGCUGCUGCGGGAGAUGUGCGUCCUGUCGCUGCACGACGAGCUGGCCUACUGGGGUGUGGAGAUGGCCUACAUGGAGCGCUGCUGCAAGCGCAAGAUGUGGACCCGCAUAGAGGAGGUGCAGGAGCACGAACGCCAGGAGGAGGAGCUCCGGAUCAGGAACGCCAUCCCGCGGGUAGUCGUCGUGGAGACGCGCUACCGGCAGUACAUGAACCGGCUGCGGGACAUGGUGGAGAACCCGCAGUCGGGCAUCGCCGGGAAGGUGUUCGCCGUCAUGUCAGUGCUGAUGGUCGCGGUCACCGUCAUCAGCCUCUGCAUCAGCACCAUGCCGGACCUGAGGGAGGAGGAGGAGAAGGGCGAGUGCUCCGCUAAGUGCCAGCACAUGUUCAUCAUCGAGACGGUGUGUGUGGCCUGGUUCUCCCUGGAGUUCCUGCUCCGCUUCAUCCAGGCCAGCAGCAAGCUGGAGUUCCUGCGCGGGCCGCUGAACGUGAUCGACGCGCUGGCCAUCCUGCCCUACUACGUCAGCCUGGUGGUGGUGGAGGAGGAGCGGGACCCCGACCGGCCCGGCGGGGGCAAGGGCUACCUGGACAAGCUGGGGCUGGUGCUGCGCAUCAUGCGGGCCCUCAGGAUCCUGUAUGUGAUGCGGCUGGCCCGCCACUCCCUGGGCCUGCAGACGCUGGGGCUCACGGUGCGGCGCAGCACGCGCGAGUUCGGCCUGCUGCUGCUCUUCCUGUGCGUGGCCGUCACGCUCUUCUCGCCGCUGGUGCACCUGGCGGAGAGCGAGCUGACGGGCCUGCAGGACUUCAGCAGCAUCCCCGCCUCCUACUGGUGGGCCAUCAUCUCCAUGACGACGGUGGGCUACGGGGACAUGGUGCCGCGCUCCAUCCCGGGCCAGGUGGUGGCGCUCAGCAGCAUCCUGAGCGGCAUCCUCAUCAUGGCCUUCCCCGCCACCUCCAUCUUCCACAUGUUCUCGCGCUCCUACCAGGAGCUGAAGGCGGAGCACGACCGGCUGCUGAAGGAGGAGGCCGCCGCCGCCGCAGCCGUUGCCGCCGCCGCCACCAGCGUGGACCUGGAGGAGGUGGACAUCGGUGGAGGGGGAGGGGAGGAGGAGCAGGAGGAGGCCGGCGGCUACGAGGAGAAGGAGAGCGGCCACUCCAUGGAGUCCCUGCUAGGGAAGGAGGAGCACCCCCCCUCCGGGAACAAUAACCUUCCGGCCGGGGCCUUCUGAGCUUCCUGUCCCCGGCGCCUCACUUCCUCCUCCGGGCGGAUGCCCCGCCCAGGAGGAGACACACGGCGAUCUGUAGAUCUGAGUGACAGCGGCCACUGACUGUAGACUAGCAUGGGAUCGUACCAACUCCUGAGGACGCAGGGGGGGUUCGUCUCCCCCAUCGCAUGGGUCAACGGUUGUGGCCCCUUUGAUGGUGGCAGUGCGUGGACCAGUGUAGGACCUGGAGAAUGUAACCCUAACCCUUUAAAGAUUGUCUGACCAGCAGCCAUAUUAGCCACUGUCUGAUCUGAUCAUAAACAUGCAAUAUUUAAAUCCAAAGUUGCUUUUUUCCUUUCACUGUGAAACUGCUCCCGUAGCUGAAGUUGAAGGAUUGCACGCUUACGACCGUCUCUGGGAAACCAGGAGGCCAUCUUUAAGAAGCUUGAAGCCAUGCUCCGAUACAUAAUCUAGAAACAUAAAUUAUGUAUAUUACUCAUUCGAUCUCUCUCUCUCUCUCUCUCUCUCUCUCUCUCUCUCUCUCUCUCUCUCUCUCUCUCUCUCUCUCUCUCUCUCUCUCUCUCUCUCUCUGUCUCUGUCUCUGUCUCUCAGCAGAAACGAUACCUUAAGCGGUGUAUGUUUGCGAUGGGAAGAGGGGAAGUAGCACAUUUCAAACAGACUCGACAGCACAAAGAACAUUUCAAAUUGAUUGAGAUAAAACCACCCUCUUAGAUUAGCUGUUAAUGGAAGAAUAAUUUUGCGCAUGAGUGAGUUAGUGAGCUCCCUAUUGAACAAGCUAGCGGACGAGCUGGUGACAUAGGAGCUAAUGGGUGCUUGUAGGCGAACAAGCUGGCGAAGUUUGAAGAGAGUUAGCGUUUUACCGAGGGACAUAUAUACUUGUAUCAAGACUCUGAAUAAAUCGCUUCUAAUAAUCUUAAA